ACCCAAAACCCAAAACCCAAAACCCAAAACCCCUUCUCGUUUAUCUCUCCUCGAUCUGUUUUCCACCGCAGCCUCACUCAUCUUCUCUCCCUGCAGUGCCGCCUCCAUUGUCUUUUUUGGAGUUCCCAAUGGAGCUUGGCUCCCACUUCUGUCGGAACUCACUUCCCCACUUCCCCUCUGACAUCUUUAACUCACCUCCUCUCCACCAAUUUUGCUUAGUGCCUGCGUUUCCAACCCGAACAAGGAGGCUGCGCCGGAGUAAAGUCGCUCUUUAUUCCUUCAGAGCCAAUGCUUUUGGAAAGGAAGAUGGCUCUGGAAAUAUCUCCUGGGACAGGGUUUCUUGGUCAGUGAAGGUUGGGUCCGAAAGGUUCUGGUCUAAGUUUAAGGGAAUUCUGAAGAAGGAAACGGGGCUUGAUCCUGAUGGCGGGAAGCUGCUGGGAGGAUUUGCUGAGGCUUUGUACAAAGGGAGGAUGGAGGUCGAUCGGUUCAGGCUGGAGAUGCUGCCCGCAUUUGUGGACUGGAAUCGAUGGGAGAAUUGGAAGGAACUAAAUAAGUGGGAGCCUAAGCGCAUUGGUGCCUUCAUUUUGUACUCUAUCAUUAUUACAAUUUCAUGUCGAAGAAUUUAUGUCACCUUUGCAAGUAAUGCAUAUCAACAAAGCAGGAAGGAACUAACUGAGGCAUACAUGGAGGCUUUGAUUCCAGAGCCAACUGCAGCCAAUGUGAAAAUGUUCAAGAAGGGCAUGUGGAGAAAAACCAUGCCUAAAGGCUUAAUAGUUAAGAAGUUCACCAAAGGACUUGGAGGAACGUAUAUUCAGGACAAUUCCUAUGUUGGGGAAGAUGCAUGGGAUGAUGAUAUUGAAACUUCUCAAGGUGUUGUAAGCGGUAUUUUUGACAAGGAUACUAGGUUGAGCCAUGACAAAAAGGAAGAUAUAAAAGAAGACUUGGGCUUCUCGGAAGGCCAAGACUAUGGUACCACCUGGAGAGGUCGGCUGAGAAUGUGGAAAGAAAUCUUAAGAAAGGAUAAACUGGCAGAGCAGGUCGAUUCUGAAACAGCUAAGUAUGUCGUAGAUUUUGAUAUGCAAGAGCUGGAGAAAAGUUUGCGUAAAGAGGUUGAGAGAGCAUCAACAAAUUCAGAAGGUACUAGAGCGCUUUGGAUUUCUAAAAGAUGGUGGCUCUACCGCCCAAAACUUCCUUACACCUAUUUUCUUGAUAAGCUAGAUUCCUCUGAGGUUGCGGCUGUUGUCUUUGAAGAGGAUUUGAAGAGAGUAUAUGUGACAAUGAAAGAAGGAUUCCCAUUAGAAUAUAUUGUUGAUAUUCCUCUUGACCCUUACAUGUUUGAAGUGAUCUCAAGUUCAGGUGCUGAUGUGGACCUCCUUCAGAAAAAGCAAAUCCAUUAUCUUCUGAAAGUUGUGAUUGCAUUAGCGCCAGGAUUAAUGAUUUUAUACCUCAUAAGAGAGUCAGUUAUGCUAUUACAUAUCACAUCUAGGCGUUAUCUACACAAGAAGUAUAACCAACUUUUUGAUAUGGCAUAUGCAGAGAACUUCAUUCUGCCAGUAGAAAGUUCCGAGGAGGUGAAAUCAAUGUAUAAUGAGGUUAUAUUAGGUGGUGAUGUUUGGGAUCUUCUGGAUGAGAUAAUGAUAUAUAUGAACAAUCCCAUGCAAUAUUAUGAAAAGAAAGUGCCAUUUGUUCGGGGUUUACUUCUUUCUGGACCACCUGGGACUGGUAAAACACUUUUUGCUCGUACGCUUGCAAAGGAAAGUGGACUGCCAUUUGUUUUUGCAUCUGGAGCUGAAUUUGCUGAUAGUGAAAAAAGUGGCGCUGCAAGAAUUAAUCAACUAUUUUCGAUAGCCAAAAGAAAUGCUCCAUCCUUUGUUUUUGUGGAUGAGAUUGAUGCUAUUGCUGGUCGACAUGCUAGAAAAGAUCCUAGAAGACGAGCAACAUUCGAAGCCCUAAUUACACAGCUUGAUGGAGAGAAGGAAAAAACUGGUGUUGAUCGGUUUUCACUAAGGGAAGCUGUUAUUUUCAUAUGUGCAACUAAUCGUCCGGAUGAGUUGGAUCCUGAGUUUGUUCAAUCUGGCCGCAUUGAUCGGCGCUUGUACAUUGGUUUGCCUGAUGCCAAACAACGCGUGAGAAUAUUUGGUGUGCACAGUGUAGGAAAAAGAAUGGCCGAAGAUGUGGACUUUGAAAAGGCAAGUAAUUUGAAAUAUGCAACACUCAUGUAGUAUGAUUUCUACCUU